AUGGGGCAUGUCGACCAUGGGAAGACCUCUCUGUUGGACGCUUUACGAAACACCUUCGUGGCGGCAAAAGAAGCCGGUGGGAUCACUCAGCAUGUUGGUGCGUUCGUUGUGGGAAUGCCUGAGUCAGGCACUUCAAUCACCUUCCUAGACACGCCAGGUCACGCUGCUUUCAGCGAGAUGCGUGCUCGGGGAGCCGCUGUGACUGAUAUAGUCGUCUUGGUUGUUGCUGCUGAUGAUGGUGUGAUGCCGCAGACUCUGGAGGCUAUUGCUCACGCUAGAUCGGCUAAUGUUCCCAUUGUGGUUGCGAUUAAUAAAUGCGAUAAACCGGGAGCUAAUCCGGAGAGAGUCAAGAACCAGCUCGCAGCUGAGGGGAUUGAGCUUGAGGAUAUUGGAGGAAACGUUCAGGUCGUUGAGGUGUCUGCGGUCAAGAGUACAGGGCUAGACAAGUUAGAAGAAGCUCUGCUUCUUCAAGCAGUGGAUAUGGACCUUAUGGCACGUGUGGACGGACCAGCUCAAGCGUAUGUGGUGGAGGCUCGGCUAGAUAAAGGCCGUGGACCGUUAGCCACUGUUAUUGUGAAAGCCGGGACGUUGGAGAGUGGUCAUCACGUGGUGAUUGGGUGUCAGUGGGGGAAACUCAGAGCUAUCAGGGACAUGGUAGGUAAGCCAACGGAGAGAGCAACACCAGCUAUGCCUGUAGAGAUUGAAGGGCUUAAGGGUGUUCCGAUGGCUGGUGACGAUGUUAUUGUGGUGGAGUCAGAGAAACGAGCGAAGAUGCUUAGUGAAGGGAGGACAAGGAAGUAUGAAAGAGAUCGGUUGUUGAAAGCAGAGGAAGAUAGAAUAGCUGAAUUAGGGAAGAGAGAAGCAGAGUCUGAGGAAGGGGUUUUUCGAGUUGAGUUACCUAUAAUAGUGAAGUCUGACGUGCAAGGAACCGCACAGGCUGUUUCUGACGCGCUAAGAACCUUAAAUAGUCCACAGGUUUUUGUGAACAUUGUUCAAAGCGGAGUAGGAGCAAUUUUUCAGUCUGAUUUAGCCAGGGCACAAACUUGCAAUGCGUGUAUCAUUGCCUUUAACGUUAAGUGUUGUAAGAUUUCCUCAGCUUAUGCCAGGGUCAAGGUAUUCCAUCACCAUGUGAUAUACCAUUUGCUCGAGGACAUCGGGAACUUGAUCGUGGAGAAAGCACCGGGAGUAUCGGAGCUGGAGGUGGCUGGUGAAGCUGAAGUACUCAGCAUUUUCAAGGUGUUGGGAAAGAGAAGAGAAGAGGAUGGAGUGAGCAUCGCGGGUUGCAAAGUGAUGGAUGGUCGGGUCUUUAGAAGUGGGCUGAUGAGGCUGUUAAGGAGUGGAGAAGUGUUGUUUGAAGGCUCGUGUGCGUCGCUGAAACGGGAGAAACAAGAUGUGGAACAGGUCGGGAAAGGGAACGAGUGUGGGCUUGUGAUGGGAGAUUGGAAUGAUUUUAGAGUUGGAGAUGUGAUUCAGUGCUUGGAGCGGGUCGUUAGGAAGCCUAAGUUUAUUUCAUCUGAGAGUGGAGCUGUGAGAAUUGAGUGCUGAAAAAAACUUUAAACACUAAUUAACUCAAUCUUAUUGUUAGGGAUAUUACGCCGAUGGUUCCUUUGGUGUUAACUGUCAUAUUAUCAAUUUUUUUUUUAAUUCUUGAUCAUAACGUUUUGUAACUUUUUCUUACAUCUUAUAACAGUAACAGAAAUAUUUCCAAACAACAUUGGUUCACGUUUUUAUUCAGAAAAUAGCACUCAUGGAGAAAGAUUACAAAUAGAAAAUGAAUUAGAAUUUAAGAUCUAUAACUAGAUUUUGAUCCGCGUUUAGAAAUCACAGUUUUGUUUUCAAAGUUAAAUAAAAUUCCUUUAAAAUGAAUUUCUAUAUAAGACAGUGUAGGUUUUGUCACAUUUAGCUAGAACCACCAACCAAACCGUACCAAACUGAAAUAACCAACAAAAAUUAAAUUGAAUUUUGUAAAUAACCGAGCAGAUCAUUUAUCUCCGAAACAUAAAAAUUGAAACCAAAGCGAGAACCAAAUAAAUACCAUAAUUUAUAAAAUGCAAAUUAUAUACUAACAAAUUUUAAUUAUAUUUAAUUUCUAAAUAACCAUAUAUUUAUUCACUGGUUGUACUCACUGAAGUCUUAUCAACCUUGUUGGUUUGCUUUCCAAAUCUGCUUACAAGAUUUGUUGGUUUGCUUUUCAAUUCUCCAACCAUGCUCAUUGAGAGAGAGAUUACAAAAUUAAAUUCCUUAUAAAAUGAGUGGCCAAUUGAAAGUAGACAAUCAGGCAGUUGAUCCACCAAAAUUAAAGAGAUUGGUCGUGAGCUUAGGGUCCCUCGCCUGCACUCUAGAGUUCAUUGUUUUUGUAGUCUAGAUUAAUAAUUGUAAAUAGUAGUUGUUUAGAAAAUAAGGAAAGAUAUUAUUAAAACUACUUUACCCUCCAAUAAUUGUGACCAGAGCAGUAGAUUGCUGAGUGCGUGGGGUAUGAUUGGUGGCAAUCUACUCUAUUGCCACUUAAAGCAAAAAGUGGCAAUAUAUUCUAUAUAUAGACAAGAAGUAGGAAGACAAAGACUCUCUCCUCAUCUUGAGCCACGGAAGUUCAAUCAAGAUCUCCUUAAAUUGGAUCGAACUCAAAACGUUGGAAUGAAAUGGGGGGCUUAAGCUGAGCUUCCAUGGAAGCUUCUAGGUGGACCGCAGGGUUCUUACCAUAUAGCUUAAAAGUACAAGUUUCUCUUCCUGCUCUUAAUUAACCAGCGGUUAUAAUGAAUUUUCAAACCGGCGCGGUUAAAGCAGUGGGGUUAAACCGGCAAGUCAUGGAACGGCUAUUAGGCUCGAUCCUCUUCGAACCUACCAAGGUGUUAUAUCGGCUCCUUCUCUACUAUUUAUAUUUUUUUGUUCUCUUUUAUUUUCCAUUAAAUUCUUGUUCUUUCGUUAAUUCUGUUGUGAUUAUUUCUGCAAUUAAAAGGUGCAACGAUGUUAGAAUUUUUUUCAACAGUGUUUAUAUCCCUCGUUAAUUCAUGAAUGUGAAACUUGUUCCAGUGAAUGCCAUAUAAAGGAACUUUUUUUUCUUCUAAA